GUCGUGGAGCUGCGGGAACUGGUGAUGGAUGAAAAGAACCAGGAGCUACAAUGGAUGGAGACAGCGCGCUGGGUGCGGCUAGAGGAGAACCUGGGGAAGGACGGGAUCUGGGGCCGCCCACACCUGUCUUACCUCACCUUCUGGAGCCUCUUGGAGCUGCAGAAAGCCUUUGCCAAGGGUACUGUCCUCCUGGACCUGCCAGAGAAAUCCCUGGCCGGGGUGGCCAGCCAGCUGCUGGACAGGUUUAUCUUCGAGGGGCAGAUCCAGCCUCAGGACCGAGAAAAUCUGUUCCGGGUCCUGCUGCUCAAACACAGCCAUGCCAGAGAUGUGGAGGCCCUGGGGAGUGUGAAGCCUGCAGUCCUGACACGUUCUGGGGACCCUUCACAGCCUCUGCUGCCACAGCACCCCUCUUUGGAGACAGAGCUCUUCUGUGAGCAGGGAGAGGGGAGCGCGGAAGGGCACUCGUCAUCUGGAAUGCUGGGAAAGAGNCCCCAGGACCGGGAGGCCACCCUGGUGCUGGUGGGCUGUGCCAGGUUCCUGGAGCGGCCAGUGCUGGGCUUUGUGCGACUAAAGGAGCCUAUGGAGACGGAGCAGAAGCCACGGGAGCCAGAGGGGCCGGCAGUCCCUGUGCGUUUCCUCAUUGUGUUGCUGGGACCUGAGGCCCCCAACAUCGACUACACCCAGCUGGGCCGGGCUGCUGCCACCCUCAUGUCAGAGAGGGUGUUCCGCACUGAUGCAUACUUGGCCCAGAACAAGGAGAUGCUGGUGCAUUCCCUAGAGGGCUUCCUAGACUGCAGUCUGGUGUUGCCUCCCACGGACGCGCCCUCUGAAGAUGCCCUGCUCAGUCUGGUGCCCGUGCAGAAAGAGCUGCUGAAAAGACGCUACCUGCCCAGCUCUGCCAAGCCAGAGCCCAGCUUCCUCAAGGGCUUAGAUUUGAAUGGGGGUCUAGAGGACACCCAGGAUGACCCUCUGCAGCGGACAGGCAGGCUCUUCGGGGGACUGGUACGUGACAUCCGGCGCCGCUACCCCCGCUACUUGAGUGACAUCACAGACGCAUUGAACCCCCAGGUCCUGUCUGCCAUCAUCUUCAUCUACUUUGCCGCCCUGUCACCCGCCAUCACCUUCGGUGGCCUCCUGGGAGAAAAGACCCAUAACAUGAUGGGUGUGUCGGAACUGCUCAUCUCCACCGCGGCACAGGGCAUCCUAUUCUCCGUGCUGGGGGCUCAGCCCCUGCUCAUGGUGGGCUUCUCAGGACCCCUGCUCGUGUUUGAGGAAGCCUUCUUCUCGUUCUGCAAGAGUAACGGCCUGGAGUACAUCGUGGGCCGUGUGUGGAUUGGCUUCUGGCUCAUCCUGAUGGUGGUGCUGGUGGUGGCCUUCGAGGGCAGCUUCCUGGUCCGCUUCAUCUCCCGCUACACCCAGGAGAUUUUCUCCUUCCUCAUCUCCCUCAUCUUCAUCUAUGAGACCUUCUCCAAGCUGGUCACGAUCUUCCAGGACCACCCACUGCUGGAGAACUAUGACCACAAUGUGACAAGAAUACCCAAACCUCAGGCCCCCCUGCCCAACACAGCCCUCCUGUCUCUUGUGCUCAUGGCUGGCACCUUCUUGUUCGCCAUGAUGCUGCGCAAGUUCAGGAACAGCUCCUACUUCCCUGGCAAGCUGCGACGAGUCAUUGGGGACUUUGGGGUUCCCAUCUCUAUCCUGAUCAUGGUCAUGGUGGAUGCCCUCAUCCAGGACACCUACACCCAGAAACUCAGUGUACCUAAAGGGCUCACCGUGUCCAAUGCCUCGGCCCGAGGCUGGCUCAUCCACCCGCUGGGCUUAUAUAAGCCAUUUCCCAUCUGGAUGAUGUUUGCCUCCGCCCUGCCUGCCCUGUUGGUCUUCAUCCUCAUCUUCCUCGAGUCCCAGAUCACCACGCUGAUCAUCAGCACACCAGAGCGCAAGGUGGUCAAGGGCUCUGGCUUCCACCUGGACCUGCUGCUGGUCAUGGGCAUGGGCGGGGUGGCCACCCUCUUUGGGAUGCCCUGGCUCAGUGCCACCACUGUGCGUUCUGUCACCCACGCCAAUGCCCUUACGGUCAUGAGCAAGGCCAGCACCCCAGGGGCUGCAGCCCUGAUUCAGGAAGUCAAGGAACAGCGGAUCAGCGGGCUCCUGGUCUCUGUGCUCGUGGGCCUGUCCAUCCUCAUGGGGCCCAUCCUGUCCCACAUCCCCUUGGCUGUGCUGUUCGGCAUCUUCCUCUACAUGGGGGUCACGUCCCUCAGUGGCAUCCAGCUUUUUGACCGCAUCUUGCUUCUGUUCAAGCCACGCAAGUACCACCCGGAUGUGCCCUACGCCAAGCGGGUGAGAACCUGGCGAAUGCACUUGUUCACGGGCACUCAGCUCAUCUGCCUGGUAGUGCUGUGGGUGGUGAGAAGCAUCAAAGCCAUCUCGCUGGCCCUGCCAUUCAUCCUCAUCCUCACGGUGCCCCUACGCCGCUUCCUGCUGCCACUCAUCUUCCAGAACCUGGAGCUCCAGUGUCUGGAUGCUGACAAUGCCAAGCCGAACUUCGAUGAGGAGAAUGGUCAGGAUGAAUAUGAUGAGGUGGCCAUGCCUGUGUGA